GCAUUUACUACAACUCUUACAAAUACUUGGACAUUAAAUUAUCCAAGUACCAUGGAUGGAUAUAAACAAAUGUGUACUGGAGGACCGUUUCAAUUUAUGUUGAGUAUGUGUCCGAUUGAAAGACGUUGUUCAUUCUAUACAUACUGGAUCAACAGAAUUGUGAAUGGUAUUGCAGCUCUUAAUAUUACAAAAGUAAUUGUACAACAAGUUGAUCCAGAUGUGUGGUUAUCAACCUCGUUCUCUUUAAAUUUGACAUCUGAACGUAGUUAUGUGAGAGUGGAUUACGGCCCAUUAUGCACCAUCAAUCAAAAUUCUUACUGUACGCAAUUUAAACAUACUCUUUAUUUAAUGGGAGAUUGCAAUGUGACAACGACAAUAAAAUACACUUUCCCAACAUUUGUUAAUAUCAGUGGGAGUACAAAAAAUUUUACCGGCCAGUCUUUGGUAUUGAGUCCAAUGCCAAGUUUCCCAAUAUACACCAAGGUAAGCUAUAAUUGA